UGAGAGAGAGGCUGUAAAUGUGGGAUUUGAGACGGAGAACCGAUGCGACUCUUCGGGUUUCCGUCGGGGUUCGCUCUGGCUCCUCUCGUGUUUGUGGCGCUAAUACUUCCCCUGGUGGCCUGUGUGGGGGGCCAAGAGGAUGGAAGCCACGGGGGCUGUGUGCCCGGCUUCCAGGUCAAACACUACCAGGUGACGUACAGCGGGCCGUUCCAGAAAGACCAGCCACUAGUACGAGUGGACUUCGACGACUGUGCGGGGAACAAGGAUGUGACGUUCAAGGUGUCGAAUCCCAUCUUCCACCUGGACGGCGACCUGAACCUGGUGGCCCAUCAGGACACGCUGUACAGCGGGCCGCUCCUGACCGUCCGCGGGGUCGGGGCGCACGCAGACGACGUGGCCCAGGUGGAGUUCACCGGUCUGGCUGCUCCGUCGCCGCACACGCUCAGGAAUAUCCUGGGUCUGGGUCAGAUGCUGCCAAACAGAUCUAAGCGCUCCCUGCUGGUCCCUCCCAUGAUCGUGACUGAGAACCAGAGGGGUCCCUUCCCCAGGUUCAUUGGCAAGUCUCAUGUGAUUCCAGCAGAGAAGUCAGGGAACCGUAUCUUCCGACUGACAGGUCCAGGUGCAGACCGGGAUCCCAGAGGUCUCUUCAUCAUUGACAUAGACACAGGAGAUGUGUCAGUCAGCCGCUCGCUGGACCGCGAGGCCACCGACUCCUACCAGCUCGAGGUGUCGACCACGGACUUCGACGGAAACCCCGCGGACGGACCCACGUUACUGCUGAUCACAGUCAUUGACCAGAACGACAACCGGCCCAUCUUCAGGGAGACGCGCUACUCGGGGGAGGUGCUGGAGGGGUCUCCUACAGGGACCACGGUGAUGACGAUGACGGCGUUCGACGCCGAUGACCCGGCCACGGAUAACGCCGUGCUGCGCUACAACAUCGUCAGGCAGUCGCCGGACAAGCCGUCCCCGAACAUGUUCUACAUCGACGCAGAGAAGGGCGACAUCGUCACCGUCAUCUCGCCCAUGUUGCUGGACAGGGAGACGCUGCCCACCACCACGUACGAGCUGGAGAUCGUGGCCAAGGACAUGGCGGGGAGUGAGGUCGGCCUCACGGGAACAGCCACAGCUACCAUUACCAUCACAGACAAGAACGACCAUGCCCCUGAGUUCACACACCCGCUGUUCGAGGCGAAGGUGUACGAGGGCUCGACGGGAGUGGUGGUGAACCUGACGGUGGACGACAGGGACGACCCGGCCACGGGCGCGUGGAGAGCCAUCUACUCUAUAAUUAGUGGAGACGUCACGCAGAGCUUUGAGAUCCAGACCAACCCAGACAAUAACGAAGGCAUGCUGUCAGUCAUCAAGCCGCUGGACUACGAGGCCACGGAGUUCCACACGCUGCUCAUCAGGGUGGAGAACGAGGACCCUCUGGUUCCGGACGUGGGCUACGGCCCCAGCUCCACUGCCACCGUCCACAUCGCCGUGGAGGACAUCAACGAGGGGCCCGUCUUCUUCCCGGACCCUCUGACCGUCACCCGCAUGGAGAACGUCCCCGUCGGCAGCUUCGUGGCGUCGCUCAACGCCACGGAUCCAGACACAUUACAUAAACAGAGCAUCAGGUACACGGUUCUGCGGGAUCCAGCGGGCUGGCUAAGCGUGAACCCAGUCAGGGGAACCGUCAACACUUCGGCCCUGCUGGACCGCGAGUCCCCCUACGUCCACGACAACAAAUACAUGGCCGUCUUCAUCGCCACCGACAACGGGAGCCCUCCAGCCACAGGCACCGGCACGUUGGUUAUCCACCUGGAAGACUACAACGACAACGCUCCCUAUGUGGUUCCAUUGGUGGCGAAAGUGUGCGAAGAUGCUCACGACAUGAACGUGGCCAUCGUUGGGGGGCGGGACAAGGACCUUCCCCCUAACGGCGCUCCCUUUAAGAUCGAGCUGGGAAAACAGCCUGGUCUCGACAAGACGUGGAAGGUUACCAGAGUCAAUUCCACGCACUCGCAAAUCAUGCUCUUGCACAGCCUGAAGAAAGCCAACUACCAGCUGCCGCUGCUCAUCACCGACUCAGGGGUGCCGCCCUUGUUCGACGUCUCAGAGGUCAAAGUUCAGGUGUGCGUCUGCAACAAGAGCAAGAACAAGAUGGACUGCAGCUCCGCCCACUCCCACCACGCCAGCCUUCUCGCGCUGCUCGCCACACUCCUGCUCGUCCUGCUCGGCCUGUAGAUCCUGCCAAAACCUCACGUAGUCCUGUUUGCAACCCCCCCACACACACACGGCCCAGGCUUAGCAGAGAAGAAGGAGGAGGAGAGGAAGAAGGCGAGGGAGAAGAAGAGUUCUCCUCUACAAAAAAAAAGAAAAACUCACGUACAUUCCCCAACAGUGCAACCGCUGUGACACCACUUUUUAACUCGCUCAUCCACUGGCUGCUCUCAUCUUCUCUCCAUCCUCCCUCGCUCCUCUUUGUGUGUUUAUAGCUUUCUUUCUUGAAUUUCAGACUUUUCCUCUUCCCUCCACACUUCCUUCAGGGUCAUUAUUCCAGUUUCCAUCGCAUUCCGCUGGCACACAAGCAACGAGUGUUCCGGGAGGAGACACUUGAAACAACCCGUGUCCCGACACAACGAGCCCAGGCUCUAAAUGGCUUCACGUUGGAACCUCCGGUCCCAUCGUCACCCUCUGCUCCAUCCAGACCCCGUGUCACCCCCCCCCCGCCCUCCUCGUGCCCGGAUACGAGCACCUCUCCUCACCCAGCCUAACCCCACCCCCCCUCACCCCCCGUGGGCCCGGGAACACUGCGAAGGCUGAGCUGCUGUCCUGGUUCGGGGGAAGAGCGUUGAACUUUUCUUUUUUUUUCUUUUUUUUUUUUUUUUGAUGUGUUCCUUUCUCGUCACAGACUGUGUUUGAUCUCGUCUCCCUCUGUAAGCGGAGAGAAAAGCCUGUUUUCUUUGUCUGCAGUGAUUGUGGUCUUUUAGGACAAGGUGGUAGCCAUAAGCCUUCAAAGUCAGAAACUCUCUGGAGUCGUUCGUUUGAUUCGCUUCUUUUUAAUGCAUUAGUUGUCAUGGAGUGGAAAACAGUAUAUCUUUAUAGUAACGGUGUAAACCUUAAAAAAAAGUAUGAUUAUAUAAAUAUUUUAUUUUUUACCAUUGUAUAAAUAUACAGUAUUGAUUAACUUAUGUACUUUGAUUGCAAGUUCUUUGGUCAUCCACUCAGUGAGUAAAUAAUUUUUUUUUGUGAAUUUUAGACACUAUUUCUAAUGCUAUUGAUGUGUUGACUAUCUUAUUGUAACAUCUUUUUUAUUUGCUAUUAUUUUAUUUCUUACUUCAAAAUCCUUGGUUCAAUUCUGAAUCAGGAGUCUCCUCUCGACAACGUCUAGGUUUCAUUUUGUCUCCUGUCAGUUCUGCUCCAUCCGAUUCUGUCUUCAUCUAUUAGUCACAAGAAGAUGUGCAAGAAGUGGUUUUGAUGGAUAGUUUUGCUUUCUUUUUUUUGUUUGUUUGUUUGUUUGUUUUUUUGUUCCUCUCGCGCUCAUCAAAAGAACGGUAGCGUGCGUGGGUUUUGUGUGGAAGACCACCACAAAGAAAAAGAUGACAUUUUGAAUGAGUUCUGUCUGUCUUUUGCACUAAUUUAAUAAAGCCGUUACUGGAAAAAAGUUCA